AAGUUGCUCAAAUUACAGAUGCUAAAAUUCUCACAACUAUAAAUACUGUCUCUAGUGCACUUUCUGAUAUUAUCACCAAAGUGUAAAACAGCGGAAGCUGAUGAUAAUCACUGACCUGUGAUCAGCUCUUCCUAUAACAGUCUCUAACGUAAAUGCUUUUACAUCAGUGAAACUGAUCUGGAUGCAGAGCAAGCUGCAGCUUCUACAUGAACUUCCGGGUGUGGGUCCCUUGAAUCUGUAUAAAAGCAGGAGACAACAUUUGUGUGGUGCGUACUGAGUGUGACUGAGCUGUCUACAAUGAGCGUCCUUUGGCUUAUGACUGGUCUGCUGCUGUUACGUUUCUGCGCUCCAGGUUUCUCCAUCGUUGGCGGUAAUGUCUCCGUUCCACACAGUCGGCCCUACAUGGUCUACAUUCGUGACCCUGUAUCUGAACGAGUAUGUGGUGGUUUUUUGAUAAAAGAGGAUUUUGUGAUGACAGCUGCCCACUGCGGACGUCAUCUUGUGGUGUAUUUGGGCGUCAAUGACACCAAACUUUUACCGGACAGUGUAGCGGUACAUCCAAUUCCACAUCCAGAAUUCUAUAGGAACACUCCAGGUUAUGACAUCAUGCUUCUAAAGCUUAAAACUCCAGCAACUUUGAACGAAACUGUGAAUACUAUCACCUUGCCAAAAACUGAGAAUGGAGAAAUCCUGAAGGAUUGCAUGGUCAUGGGUUGGGGCUUGGAGGAAUACGGACAUGGGUCUCCAUCACGUGUCCUCAAAGAAGCAAACGUUACUCUGAUAGAUUCUAAAAACUGUGUGACAAAUGACACUCUAUGCAGCGAGGGAACAACUGGCACAGCAGAGGGAGAUUCUGGAGGUGCACUUGUUUGUGGAGAUGUUGCACAGGGAAUUGUGUCUUAUUACAAUGAGUCGAAUGGAGAAUACCGUACAAGAUACACUCAUAUUUCCAAAUACCUUCUAUGGAUUCAUCACAUAUUGUUGGGGAUAUUGAAUUGUUGGGCAUAAACAGUUCAGGACCUGAGACCAGAUAUGAUGAAUGAAAGACCAGGAGUCAGAAGUGCAAUCAAUCGAAGAAAUUUUACUGAAGAAUAGUUUGCAGUUUCAUCAGCAGAAGCCCAAGGAGUUCGUAGGCCACUCUAUAUACAUUCACAUUUCCACAACAAUUAUACUCUAACAGAGUCAACUAACUACAUCAUUACUUCAGGUUAAUGAAUCUGAUUUAAAAUAAGACAAAAUUAGUAAUCUUCCACACAGACUGAUAGACAGAAGCAUAUCUCCAUCCAUCACGAUUCUGAUGCUCAGACCCUAGAUUUAGGCACAGGGAGAUCUGUUAAGUCAUGAACAGGUGUCUGCAGGUCUCUAGAGAAAGCCAGUUGUCCAUCAUUACCACUAAAGGACCUACACAGAAAACAAACGCACAUACACUGAUACACAACUACUUUAAGUUUGACGUUGGUUCAGGCUCCAACUAUAAACAGGAAGGAUUCUCAAAACACACUGAUAACAUGUUCUAGUUCUGGUGAGAAGUACAGACAAUAUUCAUCAUUAUUCUCUAGUGCUUGAAGAUGAAAAGGAAAAUAAAUGCUUUAACAUACGUUGAAGAAGUCAUUCAAAUAAUUUAAUGUUGGUUAAUAACUUGAUUAUAAAUCAGUCAAAAGAUAUACAUUGAAGCAGAAUAGUUGUUCAGAAUUCACCUCCUCUGCAGCAACAUGAAACAUGGAAGGGCAAGCUGGAUAAACUCAUUUAGUUCAAAACAUUCAGCACAUCUGUAACAUUGAAUGUGCAGUUUUAAAAUAAAGGCUUACUCAUGUGUCACUGUUUCACAAAAGUCUAAUUUGCAUUUGUGGCUAAAAUGUAUAUACAAGCAUUCAUGCUGUAGUUCAGUGGUUCUCCACCAGGGGGCCGGAGCCCAUUAGGGGGCCUCAAGAUGGUAAGGACAAAAUGAUUACCAGUUUGAUAAGCCAAGAUAAAAUACCUGAUGGUUGGUAUUACCGUUUCAUAUUUUAAUUCUCACUAAAACUGUAUUUGAUUCAUGCGACUUGAAAAACUCACAGUAAAUAUUGUCCAUAUUGCAGGUUAAAACAUUUUUCGAACUGUAUAUGUAACUUGAAGUUAAGAUUCUUUUUAAUAAAUGUUAAUGUAUGCUCAAUAGUUUUUUUAGGUUACACUGUGUCAUGUGAUAUAACUUA